GGGGGAGAAGGAGGGAGAGGAAGCGGCAGAGGCAGCAGCUCCUUUGAUAAGCAGCUUCCUGAACACUUUCAAACCCUGGUGUUAGACCGACACGCGCGGCACCCGCGGCCCUGUGCCGGCCCGGACGGAGCCCAUGCCUCGGGGCAGCAGCUGCUUCUCCUCUGAUGGCUCCUUGACCCCUCGGCAGCUGAGGGCCGCCCGCCGCCACCCGCCGUGCUUCAGGCCGAGGGCUCCGUGGCUGCCGCAGCAUGGUACAGACCUGCUCGGUGUGCUCCGGAGCUCAUAAGGGCAGCCUGACCCCGCGGGCAGCCAGGGGGGACAUGGAGAGGACGGAGAAACCCAGCCCGUCCGCCAAGAAGCACGUGAGGCUCCAGGAGAGGAGGGGCUCCAACGUGUCGCUGAUGCUGGACAUGAGCUCGCUGGGCAGCGUGGAGCCCAUCCAGCCCGUCUGCACGCCGCGGGACAUCACGCUGCAGUUCCUGCGGACGUCCAGCCGCGUGCUGAGCAAGGAGGAGCUGCAGCAGCGCGCCCAGAGCCUGGCCCAGCUCCAGGAGGAGUUUUCGAAAAUCCCACCCAACUUCGUCAGUCUGGAAGAGCUGGAGAUCCCUGGACAUGCCUCCAAGGACAGAUACAAAACCAUCCUCCCCAAUCCUGAGAGCCGGGUCUGCCUCAGGAGGGCAGGGAACCAGGAGGAAGACAGCUACAUAAAUGCCAACUACAUCACGGGCUACGCGGGGCGCCCCCGGGAGUACAUCGCCACCCAGGGACCCAUGCCAAACACCGUGACCGACUUCUGGGAGAUGGUGUGGCAGGAGGAGGCGCCCCUCAUCGUCAUGAUAACCAAGCUGGAGGAGCGCAAAGAGAAAUGCUUCCACUACUGGCCUGAGAAGGAGGGCACCUACGGCCCCUUCACCAUCCGUGUGCAGGGGGUGAGCGAGUGCGCGGAGUACCUGGUCCGGGACCUCUCCAUCCAGCUGCAAGGUGAACGCCGCCAGGUCAAACACAUCCUCUUCCCUUCCUGGCCGGACCAGCAGACGCCCGAGUCAGCCAAGCCCCUGCUGCACUUGGUGUCCAAGGUGGAGGAGACGCUGCAGGCUGCGGCCAGCCCGGGGCCCAUCGUUGUGCACUGCAGCGCAGGCAUCGGCCGGACGGGGUGCUUCAUCGCCACCAGGAUCGGGUGCCAGCAGCUGAAGGACACUGGAGAGGUGGACAUCCUGGGCAUCGUGUGCCACCUCCGCAUCGACAGGGGUGGGAUGAUCCAGACGAGCGAGCAGUACCAGUUCCUCCAUCACACGCUGGCUCUGUACGCUUCCCAGCUGCCAGAGGAGGGAGGCCACUAGCGCCGGGCUCCGCCGCUGCCCGGCCUCGCUCCGACCUCCCCGGCACCAGCCUCGGGGCUGCCUCCACUGAGCCCUCUCCUCCUCUGCCCAGCCACUCAGCACGGCGUGGGGAAGCCUCCCUGGAGAAGCACAGCUGAGAAAACCCACCGGGAUCACAGCAUCGCGACCCCAGGGACAAUAAAAACUUCGGGAGGGGGUUGCCCAGGGGCUGCAGGGGGUGCUCAGGGUGCCUGCUGCUGGCACAAGGCGGAUCCCACCCGUGGAAAGAAGCUUUGCCUUUUUACAUUGUUUUCUCCUCAACCAGAAGAACAAGCCGUGCGGAGGAUCUGAAGGCUCUGGUUUGCCUUGUAGCCACCCAAAAAGCUGCGUCCUGCUCUACUUGGGGCUGGCACUGCUACAGGGAAAGAACCGGAGCCUCUCCGGCUUGCUCCAACCACCCCGCGAUGCUUUUCUGGCUAAAGAUCCACCCUGACAAAUCAGACACACCUUGGUACGGAAAAGCUGUCCUCCUAAAGACCCACUUUGACAAUUUGGUGCCAAAGGAGCUCUGGCGGUCGCCGCUUGCUUCCUCUUUGCCUUCAGCCAUCGCCUUCCCUCCAGCCUUAACGCAGAGGAGACCCCCGAGCGUGCUGCAGUCCUGCCAGCAACCCAUUCCCCAUGGCCACCCAGCCUUUUGUUACACGAGGGUUGGGGCUUUCUGUUCUCAUUUUUUUGUUGUUGUUGUUUUGUUGGAAUCAGAGCAAAAUAAUACACGGGGUUUGGUUUUGUUCUUUUUUUUGUUGUUGCUGGAAUCAGAGCAAAAUAAUACACAGGUUUUGUUUUUAUUUUA